CUCAGUGGCCGCCUGAGGCUCGGGUUCGACAGUGAGGAGCUGCUGCGGCGUGGCGCACUUGGACUCGGUUCGGAGAGCAAAGGGAGGCGAACCAGAGCCGGUCCAAAACUUUUCUCAUCCCGGUUCGGUUGAAGGAGGAAACCAGAGCAGGAAACCACCGGAACUGAAACUUUUUACACUUUUAGAGAAACUUUAAAAAAAAAAAGACAGAAACAUGGCAGACAGCGAGGAGCAGCAGGUCUCUACCAGCACCCCUCUGUUCAGCGAGGGCCACCACUACCAGGCCGAACCCGAACCCGAACCGGAACCAGAACCUCAGCAGAACCAUGAGUCCAAACGGGACCUGUUCAGUUCGGAUGACAUCGUGGAUCUGAUCGGCGGGGCCCAGGACGCCCUGCAGCGGCACAGGGCUGAGGGGGAGAGCGGGCUGCAGGAGCCCUCCGUCACCUCCACAGAACCGGAACCAGAACCUGAACCUGAACCAGAACCAGAACCCCUGGUGGAGAAAGCAGUCCCAGACUCCACCAACUUUUCCUUUGUUCCUGAAGAGCCAGAGGUCGUGGCCCCCAGGGCCGAACCGGAGAGUUCGGAACUGGGUUCGGGUCCGUCCCCCCCGGUGGAGCCCCCUGCCCCGCAGAGCGACGCCCUCCCAGCGCCCGCAGCCCGGGAAGCAGCGCCAUCCCCGGCAGAGGCAGCAGAGCAGCCCGCGGUGACACAGGGACCAGCCGCUCCGGCUUCAUAUGUAUCUUCUCCUCCUAAAGCUCAGCCUCAUCUUCUGAUGCAGUUCCCUACAGAACUUGGGCAGAAGGGUGACUCCCCCGCCCCCAUCUCUCCUAUCUCCCCUCUCCACUCACCCGACUCUCUGGAAGAGCUGUCUUUGACCGAGAGUCCGAACCAGCCCCCUCCGCCAGGAUCUGCUGCACCCCUGGGCUCCUUCUCCCCCAAACCCCCAAGUACUUUCUCCAAGGAAAUGUCCUGGGAGGCUGAAGAAGUCGACUGUGGACCGGGUCGUGGUAAAACUAAAGAAGACCUAGAUUCCUUAGCUGGUCCUUACCUGAGUUUAGGGAAAGACCCAGGCCCUCAUAAUCCAUGUGAAGACAGCGGCGUUUCAUUCUCGCCUGAGGAGAAGCUGGUUAGCUCAGACAGGUCCUCCACCGGCCCCUCCCCUGUCAACCCCCAGAUGAAGGUUCCUGAGUCUCACCUUACCUCCUCUAACCCAACAGAACACUGGGAUUCACCAUUCCUCUCAUCGCAAGACAACUCCAAGGUCUCCAUGGAUUCCUUCAGCAAGGACGCCCCGCCCAUUAGCUCCUCCAGAUAUGACCCUGAUGUUUGUGGCAACCAGUCUGAUGAAGAUGAAGACCUGAUGUAUGAGGUGAAGAAGAACAAUAACCCGUUUGGGGGCUAUUCUCCUCUGGCCGACAGUGGAUACUCCCAUUUUGGAGAGUCCAACUCUGACACCAGGGCUUCCAAAAUGUCGGAGAGUCCCACACCAGAUCUGGUUCAGUCUGGACACUUUGGAGAGCCCCAGGAGAACCAAACAUCUAUCCUAGAUGUAGGGAGGCCUUUGGAGACCGCUAAGACAGCCAGUGAGUCCCUCAUGCAGCCAAGCAACCAGUUCUCCUCUGGUCUUAACGAAGAUGAGGGUGAAGAAGGUGAAGAGGACUCUGUUCUGCCACCUUCGCUUCCAGACAUCCUGAAGUCUUCCCCUCUAAACCCAGAAAAGGUUGAUUCAGGGUCAUCUGAGGGAAGUCCGGAGGAACAGAGCCCCAUCCUGGAGCGCCGGAUGAUGGAGUCUCCAAACCCUCCCAUUAACUUGUCCAAUAACAACCCGUUUGCUUUUGACAACAAAGUGUCCCUGCUGAAGGAGAUGGCUGAGGAGAUGGAGUCCAAGCAUGGAGACGAUACAAAGGCCGAUGAGAAAAGCUUUGGAGCCUUCGAUCUGGUCAAAGAGGCCAAGGAGACCACCCCGGUGAAGGUCAAGGAGGAGGAGUCUGUCCAGAUUGAACAGAAAGACUGGUUCUCAAGCAAUGACUCUCCCAAAAAGGCCGAAAGGUUUGAGCCGCUCGACUUCCAGAGCAAGAAGACCGCCGCUGAAGACUCCGACUCUGAAUCUCCAACUGCAGACUCCCUGUCCCCGGUCCUGGAGGCCAUGGCCAAGAACCCAGCCAUCUUCCAGGUAGAAACGGAGAAGCAAGACCUGAAGAUGGAGAUGGAGGAACCAGAGUUGGCCGAGGAGGUGUCUGAGCAUGAAGUCUCCUCUGAGGAGUUCGAGUUCAUCGAGAGACCGCCUCGAGGCGUCAUCGACGAGUUCCUUGAAGCUCUGGAUCCAUCCAAGUUUUCCUCCCCUAAGCCUCCUGAGAUCCCCAUGGACGAUGACCUCGGCUUCACCCUGAAGGACACACCUCCCACGGCUGUAGCUCCGCCCACAAAGGAGGCCUCACCUCUGGAGCCUGAACAAGAAGCUCCAAGUCAGAGCUCGUACCGCCUCCUCACCCAGGCCUCCCCCCAGAAGAGCAAGGCUGAGCUAGAGACCCCCCCCAGCCAGGCCCCCGCUGGUAAACCGGAGGAGCCCACCUCCCAGAAGGCCAGCAAAGUGUUUAAGAUGCCCAACCUGAACAUAAGAGCAGCAUCUGUUAAUGUUUUCUACGUGGUGGAGCUGCUGUACUGGCGGGACGUGAAGACGACGGGCGUGGUGUUCGGCGCCGCCCUGCUGCUGCUGCUGUCGCUGACGGUGUGCAGCAUCGUCAGCGUUUGCUCCUACAUCGGCCUGGCGCUGCUCUCCGUCACCAUCUGCUUCAGGAUAUAUAAGGGCAUCCUGCAGGCCAUCCAGAAGUCCGAUGAGGGACACCCCUUCAAGCAGUACCUGGACCAGGAGGUGGCGCUGUCCGAGGACGUGGUCCAUAAGUACAGCGACAAGGUUCUGGAAAAACUCAACAAGAGCGUGGUGGAGCUGAGGCGCCUGUUCCUGGUGGAGGACCUGGUGGACUCCAUCAAGUUCGCUGUCCUGAUGUGGAUCCUGACCUACGUGGGCGCCUUGUUCAACGGCCUGACGCUGCUCAUCCUGGGUCUGGUCGGAGCGUUCAGCUGCCCCAUCAUCUAUGAGAAACACCAGGCUCAGAUCGACCAUUACCUGGCGCUGGUCAACAACCAGAUCAAAGACGUGGUGGGAAAGGUUCAGGCGAAGGUUCCCGGACUGAAGCGUAAGGCGGAGUGAAGGAUCAGCAGGUCGGAGUUUGGAUCGGAACGUUUGGACGCGUGGGGGAGGGGGGGUUGAUGGAAAUGAAGGAAGGCUGGAGGAGGAGGAGGGGGGUCAGCUGGGGGCGCAGCCCUUCUUAAUGUAUUUCAGAUUAAUAGUUUUUUUUUUUUUCCAGUUCAGAAUUCCUUAAUUGUGUUUUUGAGGAAACUUGAGUCGGUUUGUUGACGAUGAUCUGUUUUAUUUUGGAAACUGUCUGAGAGCCAAUCACACUCUGAGAAACAUGUUUUAAACUGGAUUUAGCCCCGCCCCCUUCCCCUCUGUGUACGGGGAGCUGCUCCUCUCUGCUGUUUAAUUUCUCCUUCAGGCAGCGGCGGGUCGGAGCUCCUCCCGCCAUUAUUAUUAUUUUUGGUAUUUUGUGAUUAUUUGGUUUUUCUCGUCGUUGAGGCUCGGCUCGUUUCCUCGACGGGCCGAGCGGCGUCUCAGACUCCUGAUGGAGGGAGGAGGAAGAGGAGGGCUGUAAUAAAUCUUCAUCGCUUCUCAGUAACCGUAGCUAGAAUCAUGUAGAGACAAAUGAAACUCGUUAACCAGGUUAGGAUCAUCGUCAUGUCAUCAGCGCCGUCUCCGCUUCCAUCCAUCAGAUAUUCUAUUGAAAUAAAUGGGAUCGAGCUUCAAGUGUCUGUGGAGCCCUAACGUUGAUGUGACUCGGAACCUUUCAGCUUCUGUUUGUUCUGCUUCUAUAAUUGUGAAUGAUAAACUUCUUCAUCU